AAAAGAAAACCCCUCUCUCUCUCUCUCUCUCUCUCUUUUGUCUCUUUCUCCGUCUCUUUCUGUCUCCGCCAUGACCAGCUCUUCCUCACCUUCACGCAAGGCGUUAAGCAAGAUCGCGUGUAAUAGGCUACAGAAAGAGUUGUCAGAGUGGCAAGUAAAUCCUCCGACUGGUUUUAAGCACAAAGUCACUGAUAAUCUUCAAAAAUGGAUAAUCGAAGUAAUAGGAGCACCAGGUACGCUCUACGCGAACGAAACAUAUAAGCUUCAGGUUGAUUUUCCUGAACAUUACCCCAUGGAAGCUCCUCAGGUAAUUUUUGUUCCACCUGCACCGCUACAUCCACAUAUUUACAGCAAUGGACAUAUUUGUUUAGAUAUUCUAUAUGACUCAUGGUCUCCAGCAAUGACGGUGAAUUCAGUCUGCAUCAGCAUUCUCUCAAUGUUGUCGAGUUCACCGGAAAAGCAACGUCCGACUGAUAAUGACCGAUAUGUGAAGAACUGCAAGAACGGGAGGUCUCCUAAAGAGACAAGGUGGUGGUUCCACGAUGACAAGGUAUGAUGAUGAUAUCACCUAAAAUCAACGAGGUUUAUAUAGUAUUCCUCAGACUGAAUAGUACUAAUUGGAAUUCCUCAUGUCCUACUUUUUUUUUGUUCUCUCCUUUUGUUUUUGUAUGGAUUUGUUAUGUAUAAAAGGCAUUUGAAAUGUCUCAUACCUGAAUUUACACACCUUCUGUU